ACGUUGCCGCUGCAAACCUAAAAAUCCUUCUUCCUCUUCUCGCGCUAUGGAACUUAGCUGCCAAAGGCGUCGACGGAGCCGUCCGCGUUUGAAGGCGGAUGGGAGUUCGGGAGACGUGCGUAUUUAGGUUAAAUUUCUUAACUACCGAAUUGAGAUGGACAGUCCGCCGUGGAAACAGGAGAAUGGGCGCAGCCUAUUUUGCGAUAUUUGUGGCUGCGAAGAUUUCAAAGGCAGCGACGACGGCUUCUUUUACUGCUUGCAAUGCGGCUCUCAGAGUCAGAACGUUGUGGACACGCAGGCCGAUGCCGAUGAUGUCUACGGUGAGGGCGGUGUCGGAGCCGUCUACAACAUGUUCUACCACCGUGCCAAAGGCCGAUCCUCGCUAUCUUCCUCGAAGCCCAAUUUUAAGCUUCCUUCGAAGGAGGAUAUUCUCGGCUCUCGCACCCAAUCCGCUGUGGACUCUUCCAAGGAGGAACCCCUGGCUAGCCACUACGGGUUCGAGGACGGUUUGUCGUCCCCACAGGAUUUUGGCACCCGGGAUUACAAGGAUACGGAGAAGGCAGUCGGCGAGACAAGAUUGAGGUACGUGCAGGGAUUGCAGUUGAUGUUGCAGCUGCAGUGCGAGGCCUUGGUGGACAAGUUUGGGGUCAGUGCUUUGAUUUGCGGCAUGGCAAUAACAAUAUGGUUAAGGUAUGUGGCGGUCUCUAGGGUUUUUGAUGUUGAUUGGGUGGAGAGGGUUAUUAACGAUGCCAGGGUGGCGGCUUCCGCAAGGUCGAGGGAAAAGAACUAUGUGAAAGAGAAACAGGAAACUCGAGAGAAUUUCCGACCUAGUUUCGAACUGAAAGUCAUAUACGCUUCUCUCGCUUCCUUGAGAAGGAUGAUACCUAUAUAUUCUACAUUGGCCAUUUCUUUUCUAUCCUGUCAUCUUGCACGAGAGGCAGUACUACCUACAGAUAUAUAUAAAUGGGUAUUAGAGGCAAAACUUCCAUACCUCUCUGCAUUUAUUGAGCUGGAAAAGCACCUUGGACCUUUUAAAUUUUGCCCAUUUAGUUCAAGACAGUUGUUCAGGCCCACUGGAGUUAUCAGUGCGUCGUUAUUAGAAGCGACUGGUGCCUCUAUUGCUCAAAGUAUUGGCCUUAGAACCCCUUCAGUGAACUUUUAUGCUAUUGCUCAGCGUUAUCUCAAAUCACUUUCUUUGCCUGUGGCUAAGAUCCUUCCUCAGGCAUGUCGUCUGUAUGAAUGGUCUCUUCCAUCUGAGUUAUGGUUGUCUAGUUGUAAUUAUGCACUUCCUACUCGGGCUUAUGUGAUGGCAAUAUUAAUUGUUGCCAUAAGGAUUUUGUACAAUAUUCACGGCCAAGGAAUAUGGGAGAGAAGUCAAAUUGACAUGAGUAAUUCUACUUCAUUUGGGCACAAACACCACGGUGCUGCACAGGAGAAUGAUGCCACAGAGCUAUCCGCUCCAAAGGACUUUCCGUGCAGUCAGAAUUCUGAGUUCUGUACGAAGGAGUUGCUCCAAAUUCUUGAUACUGCGUAUCAUAGAAUAAGUACUACACAUGAGUAUUCAAAGGACUUGCGCUCUUAUCUCAAAUAUUGUCGAGAUGUUAUUUUUGCUGGUUUGACUCCAUCAUAUGAGGAAGGGAAGUUAAUUGAAAGACUAUGGGAUUUAUAUGAUAAGGAAGAGAUUGAAGAUGAGCAUAUUGAUGAAGAGACCGAAUUUUUCGAGCUGAAAGGAAAAAGGCCUAGGAUUGGAGAACCUACAAAUCUAUCCAAGGAUUUCAAGGAAGGAAAGGAUGGAGAACAAGCUAGCAAAUGCAAAAAAAUAUGCACUUCGCCGAGUAGUUCGAGGGCUGCCAAAAACACUUCCAGAGAACAUAUGAAGUUCGACAUGGAAGACAAUGGCUUUCAGUACCUUCCACCAAGGGGGUUGAAAAAGGCAGAUGGUUAUCUUCACUAUAGCAGACAGAGAAUAGAUGGGAAUCUCAUUUUUGUUGCUCAUGCUGAUUAUUACAUAUUGCUUAGAGCCUGUGCAAAGCUUGCCCAAGUUGAUCCUCGUAUUCUGCAUGUUGGGGUACUUAAAUUUGAGAAGAAGCUUGAAUGGAUUGAGCAAAGAAUUGAUCAAAGCUUGAUUUUGUUGCGUUCACUGUUCUCUCCAAGCUGAUUCCCAGUUGAGCUCCAGCUUGAGUUGAAACAAAUUGGUAUCUUUCUCAUUUUAUUUAUCCCACUUGUUAUUGGCUCAUUAAGUUUUUUUGCAAAAAAUUACAUGGUUAUUAGAUUAUAUCAAUCUCACUAAUUUUUAUCAAAUAUGGAUGCAAUGAAUGAAAUAUUAAAGUUUAUAGGAUGAUAUGGGUAUUAAGAAUGAAAUAUAUGAGUGAUAUAUUUGAUA